UCCAACAUGGCAGUUAUCAAGCGAACUCAUCAAUAUAGUUUCUUACCUACACAAUUUUUAUUCUUUAUAUCAUAACUUACUUGUUCUCAAUUUUGUGUAUUUAGUGAUACGCAAGAAUUUAUUAAUUUCGCGUAAUAUUGGAGUAAUUCGAUGUCGCACAAACAAAAGGAAAUCCAUAGGAGUCAUGACAAUGAAGGGACAACCGAAUUGGAAUCACAAUUUAUUUUACGAUUACCUCCAGAACCAGCAAAAAUAUUAAGAGAUGCCAUUCACAAUAAUAGCACAUUAAAAGAUCGCAUUUCAAUAAAAAUAGAGAAUGAUUUAAGACAAGGAGAGGUUCGUGUUGACCAUUGGUACAUGCAUGCUAAAGUUGUUGAUCUUCCAACAAUUGUAGAGUCAUUAAAAACAAUAGAUUCAAAAGGAUUUUAUAAAACAGCGGAUAUUUGUCAAAUGUUGCUAUGUAGAGAAGAAGAUGAUAUACAGCCAGAUGAAGACACCCCACAAAAAAAGAAAAAAGAUCCUAAUAAAGUUGAAAAGAAAUAUUUAUGGCCACAUGGCAUAACACCUCCUGCAAAAAACGUUCGAAGACGCAGAUUUCGUAAGACUCUCAAGAAAAAAUAUGUUGAAGCACCCGAAAUAGAAAAAGAAGUAAAGCGAUUACUUAGAAGUGAUAAUGAAGCAUAUGGGGUUAAAUGGGAAGUCAUUAACGAAGAUGAUGAUAAAAUUAACAAGGGUACUGUGAUUAAAAAGGAACCACUCGAACCCAACCAAAACAUAGCUGAACAUGAGAUAUUUGGAAGCGCUGUCAGUGAUUCUGAAGAAGAAGACGCAACUGUUAAUGUCAUUGAUGAGCUUGAUGAUAACAGUCAAAUAUCAGCAGAUGAUAGUCACUUGACUGAUUCUAAUUCAGUUAUGAAUACCUGCGUCGACACGAAAACGCUAACUGAAUUUUCCAGCGACAUGUUUAGAGCUAUUAAUAAUUCCCCGUCGAUUAUGCAAGAAAUGGAUUAUUACCAACAAACCCCCAGCAUCAUCAACUACACAACACAAAAUCUCAGCAAAGUUGGCAUUGAACAAAGAUUAGAAGAACUCGAAAUAGAACUAAACGAUAUCAAAGAAAGACAACAACAAGAAGAAUAUAAAAUUGAGAAUAUUGAAAAUUUCGCGCUUAGACAGCGAUUCCAAGAUAACGUUAAUCGCUUACUCCAAGAUCAAAUGGAGAAAGAACAGGAACAAUAUGAAUUACAAGAACUCCUUAAACAAGCUUCAUAGAGUUUAUUUAAUUUAGUAUUUUUUGUAUAAAAAUUAUUAUCGUAGAGGUUGGGGCCCCGACCAAUUAUUUUUUGUUGCGCAUGCGCAUUAAGUACGAUUUAUAGCGCCAUCUAUAUACCAAACUUUUUAUUUCUAGAAAUUAGCACACCUUUUUCGGUUACUUUUUUUGUUAUUAUUAAUAAAUAUAUUUGGUGUGAUUUAAUAAAAAAAAUAAGGCCAAAAAAAUAUUUAUUUAAUAUACAAUUCUAUAUGACUUAUUAAGUAGAUAAAA